AUUAAAGAAGAGAAUGGAGGUUGGAUAGGACCAAACGCUGCUAAGACAAUUGGAAAGCCGUUUAUACAAGACUUGACUAAUGCACUAUGGUAUGUGGAUGGAUGUAAUAGUGAUACGUUUACCCAGCAAUAUAAAUUGCCUAAAGCUUUCAAUAAUUUCAUAAGGUAUAAUAUUCCAUCAAAUUAUAAAUGCACCCAGCCAAGAUUUAAUGCUGAAGAACUUUAUGAAUAUAGUGACUGUCUUCUUAAAUAUGUUACCCUGACAAAGUUAUCACUUUCAAGAUUCCUUAAAGAUCCUGUAACAAAAUUUGGCAAAGAUCUUUCUAAAUACACUGAAUAUCUUAACAAUAGACAUACAGAAACAUCUCAAAAUCGAGAAUUUAAUCAUCCCAUAGUUAAUGAAUAUGACAAUGGUCAACUAAAGAUAUUAGUAGCAAAUUUGCGACCUUUCUCUGAUCCUAUUCUUAAAGCAAAUGAAGAUUAUUAUAUGCAAUUUUGUGAAAUAUAUAGUAGAGAAACUAGUGAAAAAUAUUGCCUGUCUUCACUUCAAAAAGCCACAUCACCAUCAACAACUACGGCUAAUAAUCUUGGUGUUAAUGGCAUAGGCUUUAACCUUACAAAAGCCAGUUUACAAUCAUACUUAAACAACAAUUGUAACAAAUAUCAAGAUAUAGAUAAUGGGGAUGAUUUUAUUGACGUGGAUGAUAUCGAUAAUGUGGAUAAUAUCGAUGAUGUGGAUAAUAUCGAUGAUGUAGAUAAUAUUGUUGUUAUGGAAGAUGAAAAUAAGUUUAUCGAUGAAUCAUCUACAGAACAACAGAAUGAGGCUAAUGAUUUAUCUUUAGAAGCAUUAUUCAAGCGUGUUUUCGUUAAUGCUAAGCUUACCUGCUCAACACUAAUGGGAGUUUCAUACUUCUUCUCUCAUCUUUAUCCAGAUGUCUGUUUUCAGUAUAGUAAUAUAGAAAUCUUUUACCAACUCCUGCUGGUUAAUAGCCAUAUUGUCCUGAAUGUAAUAUCAAAAUUAAAUCUAAAAAAAAAAAGGCAAGGGUGUUAA